AUGACAUCACUGCAUAGCGGUCCACUUGCCCAAGAAGAUCAAGACUCCAUUAUAUUUGACGCUCGUUCAGGUGAUUUAGAAUCGUUGAAAGAGAUUUUCACGACUUUAGUGCAUCCUAGACUUUUAAUUGAUUGCGUGGAUAAAGACACUAAAGUUACUCCACUACAUAUGGCAGCUGCUAAUGGACACUUGGAAGUUGUCAAUUAUUUACUAAAACUAGUCAAAGACAAUAGCAAUGAACAAGAUACUUUACAAAAAUGGGUUAACCAAGGAAAUAAUAAUGGCAAUACUGCAUUACAUUGGGCCGCUUUAAACGGGCAAUUGGAAGUUGUUAAGUGUUUGUGUGAAGAUUAUAAUGCAGAUCCUUUUAUUAAAAACAAGUUUAAUCAUGAUCCAAUAUUUGAAGCUGAAAAUUCAGACAAGGAAGAUAUUGAAACUUAUUUUUUGAAAAAAUAUGAAGUUAACCCAGAUGAAGUGGAAAAAGAGGGAGAGGGAAAUGAAAAUAAAGAGGUGGAUGUUACCACUGUACAAAUUAAAGAAGGUACGGAGAUAGAAAAUGUUACCAAGGAGGCAACAGAAGCUUUAAGAGAGAAAACUGAGGAAUUGAGUCUUGGGAGGGAGAAAUAA